AUGUAUCUGCUUACCCUCAUUCUUGCAACCAAGCUGUUUAGCUGUGUGGGGGCAAUUGAUCUGGAAGCCCUUCGGAUUCAAACCUCAACAGAGUACGUCAAUAACGCUAAGGCUAAAUCCUCUCUGAAUCUUCGAAAAUUCCAAAAGACCGCCAACUACUUGGAAGCAGCCUCCGAAUUGGUCAAGACUGUUGCUCCCGGUGCUACAUUCAAAUCGUCCCGGGCCAUUAUACCGCAAACAUUCCAUGAUGUUGAGAUCGAUAACGCACUAUUUAAUGUGAACAUUGACCAAACUGGUCAGGUUUUCUCUUUCGGAAACUCAUUUUUUAAUGGGAGCUUUCCAGAAUUCAGUCCAGAAGUUAGCAAACCUCUGAGUCUCCCUCCGGUGGAAGCUCUCGAGGCCAUUAGAAGAACCCUGGAGAUACCCUUUGACAUUACUUCAAACACAAACGUGGAGCUAAAUGACCAAUCUAGCCAGUCUUAUAGCUUUCGCAACGUGAGAGGUCUGACAAGAGAUCCAACGACUAGGCUGGUAUAUCUUGCUAAACCGGAUGGCAAACUCGCCCUGACAUGGAAAGUUGGCACGGAUGCAGAGGACAUUUCGUACUCAUCAUAUGUGGAUGCGGAAAAUGAACCAGCAACAGUCCUAGCAGUUCUUGACCAUGUCGAUCGCUGGAUCUAUGAAGUCUAUCCAUUUGGUGUUGGCAGUCCCGCCGACGGAGUCAGAGCAGAAAUUGAGGAUCCGCAAGAUUUAAAAGCCUCUCCUUUCGGUUGGCACAAUCCCCUCAAUACUACCACCAACACCUAUGAUACAACUGGCAAUAAUGUUGUGGUUGGGGCACAUCCCACUAUACUUGGUGGCCUACACCCAGCCACAAGUCCUAACGAGUCUUUCAUCUUCCCUUAUGUGCCGGAUACAGGGACUCUUUGGGACUUUUACGAGGCUGGUGUAACGCAGGCCUUUUACACAACCAACAUGCUCCACGAUCUUUAUUAUAUAUUAGGCUUCACACCCGAGGCAGGUAACUUCCAAAUGAAUAACAAUGAUGAAGGGGGUUUGGGAAAUGACGCAGUCAUAGUGAGUGUGCAAAAGAACGGCGCAUUCAAUAAUGGGGUGUUCUUCCAGGAAGUCGAUGGAAGGUCUCCAGAAAUGAGGAUAUACCCAUUCGACAAAACCGAUCCUAUGAGAGACAGCUCCUUUGAAGCGGGCAUUCUUAUACAUGAGUACACUCACGGAAGCAAGUAUAUGCCAUUGUCCGAUCGAAUGACGGGGCCGCCCGAUAAUAGAGAUUGUCUCAGCGCUUUCGAGCCCGACGGGAUGGCUGAAGGAUGGAGCGACUUUUAUGCGGCGGCUCUGACUGUGAAGCCUGAAGCAGACCGCAACUCGACCUAUGCCGUGUCUGCUUGGGGCUUGAAUAAUUCAACUGGUUUCCGACUAAGGCUUUAUUCUACUGACAUGACGAUCAACGAGUACACCUACUCUUCAGUCAAUGAUUUCAACAGAGUCCACCAAGUAGGGACCGUCUGGUGUACGAUGCUCUAUGAAAUGCUGUGGAACCUCAUAGACAAGCACGGCAAGAACGACAAUCCCCGUCCUGACAUGGUCAAUGGUGUGCCCACUGACGGGAAGUUUCUCUCUGUCAAGCUCACCACAGACGGCUUCGCCCUUCAGCCGUGUAAUCCGUCGUUUGUGCAAGCUCGUGAUGCCAUCAUCGACGCUGAUGUGGCUUUGACGGGUGGUGAGAAUGCUUGUGAGAUUUGGAGAGCAUUUGCUAAGCGUGGUUUGGGAGUCAGUGCUGUCAUAGGGGAGCCUCGGGCUGAUUCCUUCGAUCUUCCAGAAGGUGUAUGCUAG